ACCGCCACGCUUCGUCGCCGGAGUCUGCAGGCCGGAGCCCGCGCGCGGGUCCUUUCGGGAGGUGGAGGCCGAGGCUGCGCAGGCGCGGACCCGCUACUAGGGCGAGGGCUGGCAGCGUGCGGUGGGGGGCAGUGCCCGGAUGGAACCUCCUCCGGCGCUGGUGGCCCUGAAAGAUUCCAGCCUUCUACAGAGCUAGUCCAGGCUAGAAUGGCUGAAUCACUAACAGCAGGUAAAACUCAGGGUACACUGGAACAAGAGAAGAUUUUGACAGUGGAGCCAAAGGAAGAGGAACAGUCUUGGGAGUGUGAGACCAAGCUACCUGGGACCUACUCUGCCAGUCAAGAGAUCUUCCACCAGCACUUCAGGCAACUCUGCUACCAGGAGACUCCUGAUCCCCGGGAGGCCCUGAAGCGACUACGGGUGCUCUGCUGUGAGUGGCUGAGGCCAGAGAGACACACCAAGGAGCAGAUCAUGGAGUUCUUGGUGCUGGAACAAUUCUUGACCAUCCUGCCUGAGAAGCUGCAGUGCUGGGUACGGGGACAUCACUCUCAGAGUGGAGAGGAGGCUGUGACUGUGCUGGAGGAUUUAGAGAAAGGACUUGAUCCAGGACUGCAGGUUCCAGACUCUGCACAUGGACCUGCACAGGAAGAGCUAUGGCAGAAGGCACCUCUGGGAGCAGCCCAGGAGGCACCAAGCACCCAGCUCCAGCCUAACGAGACCCAGCUCAAGGAAUCUCAGGAGACCCAACCUUUCCCGGAGAGUGAACAGGUAUAUUUACAUUUUCCAUCAGUGGUUGCAGAAGAAGGCCCAGGACCCAAGGAUCAAGAAUCAUUGCCACAACCACCCGUUACUAAAGUGGAAUCAAGGGUAUUCUCAGAAAGACUUGCCACCAACACCUCUACCUUUGAAACUACCUCUGAAGUUGAGAGCACCUUGGAACAGCAGCAGUUAAAUACCAAAGCAGAGAGACUGAGACAUUCCCCUGCCCAGGAGAAAAGUUUCAGGCAGAUGGUUGUCAGCCUUAAGAAAACUCCCACAGGGAAGAAAGACCAUGAAUGUAGCAAAUGUGGUAAAGCCUUCAUUUAUAACUCACACCUCGUAAUUCACCGAAGAAUUCAUUCUGGAGAGAAACCUUACAAGUGUAGUGACUGUGGGAAAACUUUCCAUCAGAGCUCCAACCUCAUUCAGCAUCAGAGAAUUCAUACAGGAGAGAAACCCUAUGAAUGUAGUGAAUGUGGGAAGGCCUUCCGGUGGGGUGCUCAUCUUGUUCAACCUCAGAGAAUUCAUUCAGGAGAGAAGCCCUAUGAGUGUAAUGAGUGUGGGAAGGCCUUCAGUCAAAGCUCAUAUCUGAGUCAGCGUCUGAGAAUUCACAGUGGAGAGAAACCAUUUCUAUGUCAAGAAUGCGGGAAAGCUUACAGAGGGAGCUCAGAGCUCAUUAGACAUCAGAGAGUACAUGCCAGGAAAGAGCCUUUCCAGUGCAUUGAAGGUCAGAAAGUAUCCAAGCAGACUUGUGCUUUUGUCUAAUGUCCUUUAGGACAAGAUCCCAUAAAAAUGAUA